AGGAUGAUUAUUAUUAUUAUAUCGAGUAUAUAUGUAGAUCACAACAAAACUCUCUUAUACAAAAAGAUGUCUGCUGCUGCUACUGCCAGUAGGCUUCUUCACUCUCUUCAUCUUCUCUUCAUCUUCUUCAUCCUCCUAAACCCAUUCCAAUCUUCCCAUGCGGCGGAGGAAACAAUGGUGCCGUUGAUUGAGCCCGGAAAACGAGAGAUGAUGGAAUUUGUAUUACACGACAGUCGCCGGAAGCUCAACGGCUUCAAGAUUUGUGCGCUUUGCACUUGUUGUAACUCCGGCGGCGGCGGUGGCGGUGGCGGUGGCGGCGGUGGUGGUAAAUAUUGCUUACCUUCUCCUUGUUGCUAUGCAAUCAACUGCAACAUCCCAAAUCGCCCUUUUGGAUUCUGCUCAUUUACUCCAAAAACAUGUAACUGCUUUGGAUGCCAUCUUUGAUCAAAACCCCAAAUUUAUUUUUAUGAAAAAAAAUAUCGUUUGAAGUUUGAGGGUUUGAUUGAAAAUUUAUUUUUCUUUUUUCUUUUUGGAAGAUUAUUUAUUUAUUAUUAUUAUAAUUAAUGUUAUAAUUAUUAUUGUUUGUUUUGUA